AUUCGGGGGCUGCUGACGGUGUGUGCUUGUGGUGGAGAAAAAUGAAGGAUACCUACACAAGAUCGGGGGGUGACAAGAUGACACGCAGAGAGACUAUAACAUAGGUUGAUAUACACCCAGUACCUACCAUAUUACCUAUAUUCGAUAGGUUUGGUCUGAAAACCAUUAAACUCACUGUCAGCAACUCACUUCUGAUGUCUGGACUUACAGAUUUGGUAGCCUCUUUACCUAGAUGUGCUGCAACAUGCAUGCUUAUUGCUGUAGAAGCGUCAACCUGUGCCACCACAGACUCGGCAUGCGCGUGUCAUGAUGAAGAUCUGAACACUCAAGCUACCACUUGCAUCACAGCGAACUGCACCGUUCGAGAAUCUCUCACUACUAAGAAUCUGACUUCUACAUCGUGUGGAAUCGCUCCAUACGUGGAUCACUCCUACGUUCGGAUACUUGCCGUCUUUGUCAGCCUCUCUGCUGUUUCUGUCUUGCUUCGUGUCGCUGCGAGGCUCCAGGCAAGGGUCCCUGUGUGGUGGGAUGAUAUCAUCAUCACUUUAUCUUUUCUUGGAUGUGUUGCUUAUGCCAGCAUAUUCUGGGCUUUGAAGCCCCAUGGCUUAGGUACUGAUAUAUGGGCCGUGCCAUUUGACGAUAUCACACUGAGCUUCCAGGCAUUCUAUGCGCUUUUCAUUCUCUACGUCUUGAGCCGGGACCUCGUGCGUCUCUCCAUCCUGCUAUUUUACCAUCGCAUAUUCGGCCGUACGCCUCUAGCUCGGCGGUUGAUUCAAUUCACCUUCGUCCUGAUUAUCGCGUGCUACAUCGCUUUCGUCUUUGCCAUCGCCUUUGGCUGCACGCCCAUCGACUACUUCUGGACCGCGUGGGAUGGCGAGCACGAGGGCCACUGCAUCAACACUAAUGCUAUCUUCUGGGCAGGCGCUUUCAUCGUUAUCCCGAUUGAUAUAUGGAUCAUGUUGAUAUCCCUGCCGUUUAUUGUGCGGUUGAAGUUGUCGAUGCAGAAGAGGGUUUUGACGGGGAUUAUGUUCACGUUUGGAAUCUUCGUUACCGUUGUAAGCCUUUAUCGGCUAAGAACCAUCAACCGCUUUACGCUGUCACAAAAUCCAACGGCCGACUUCGUCGAAGUUGGGAUUUGGUCCGGCCUCGAGCUCUACGUCGGCAUCAUCUGCGCAUGCCUGCCCAACUUUCACCACCUUCUCAAACCCCUGUAUCGCUACCUACGCUUUUCUAGGGCGAAGUCUCCACAUCCCAGCGCACUAGACUCUAGUGGUAGUAGUAGACCCCAUAAACACUUGAAUGAUGUGGGAGGGACCCCGAAGCCGAUGAUUCGCGCGACGACGACGGUCGAUGUCGAGCAUCAUGUUCCGGAAAGCCAGGAUCAUCUGUAUGAUGUGGAUAGGGGUGAUGUCACGGGAGGGGUGGAGGAAGUUGAGCUGGGUACGAGGAAAAGGGGCGAGACGAGGGGGUCUGUUUGGUGUUGAAAGGGGGGCGGGCAAAAUUAUUAAGAAAGCCGUAUGUUUAAUUACAUCGGUAGGUAGGUUUGAUGACUUAUAGUGCUCCACCGAGUCCUCGGUGAACACCUGGGCAGUUAAAAGUUUGGAAUCCAAUGAUACCUACAAUGCCGUCACCACCCUUAUAUCUCGUAACGAAUGCCUUAACGCCUGCGUGCCAAUGAUGAACAACUCAUCGCUG